AUGGCCUUGACAGGCGCGGGGGGUGGCGCUGCCUACCGGCCGCGCGAAUACCAGCUGGAGAUGCUUGACGCUAGCCGCAAAGAGAACAUCAUUAUCGCGAUGGAUACCGGCAGUGGCAAGACCCAUAUUGCCGUUCUGCGCAUGCUCAUCGAGCUUGAAACCUGCUCUCCAGACAAGAUGAUCUGGUUUCUUGUGCCGACAGUGGCUCUGGCUUUGCAACAGCAUGAGGUUAUCAGUCGGCAAAUUCCAUCUGUCAAGACCAAAGUUUUGACUGGCUUGGACAAUGUUGAGUUGUGGACAGAGCAGUCUAUCUGGAAUGAGGUACUCCAGGAUGUUCGAGUGGCUGUCGCAACCCAUGCCAUUCUUUCAGAUGCUCUUACCCAUGGCUUUGUUAAAAUGUCUCAGAUUGCCCUCCUUGUCUUCGACGAAGCGCACCAUUGCAUGAGACAUCAUCCAGCAAACAAAAUCAUGCAGAAUCAUUAUCAUCCAAUUCUGAAGAACUCGGGACCUGCUGCUGUACCUCAAAUCUUGGGGCUAACUGCCAGUCCAAUCGUUCGGUCGGAUCCAAAAGAGCUUGAAAUGAUUGAAGCCAACUUGAACGCAGUUUGCAAGACCCCAAAAGUCCAUCGCUCCGAAUUGUUGGAAAAUACCCACCAUCCUCAGCUAGAGCGUAUUGAUUACUAUCCGUGCAUUGAAGAUAACUACGGCCACGGUAGCAGAUUUAUUCAACCCCUGCUCCAAUGCUAUAUGUCCUACAACAUACAAGAGGACCCUUACAUCGAGGCGCUCCGCGAAGAAGGAAAAACAUUGGAAUUACAAAAGGUCCUAGAAUCAGGCAAGACGUACUGCAACGAGCAGCUGAGGAAGUUCGUGGAAGGCAGCCGCCACAUCUACGAAGAGUUGGGUGGCGCGGCAGUCGAUUACUACAUAGGUGCUUCGAUUGACCACUUCCGAAAUUCAAUCAAUGAUGCUAGCGCACUGUUAGAUUGCAGCCAGUUGGAGAAGGUACAUCUUUUGGAAUUGCUGGAUGGGAUGCCUCUCAGAGACAUGAGCAUCCAUGAAGCCAAUCAAUCCUCCCAUAAACUGGAGAAAGUGAUUGAAUUUUUGGUAAAAGUGGACCAACCUGAGUUCUCAGGUUUGAUUUUUGUCAAACGGAGAGCAACUGUCAGUGUGUUGGCCCGUAUGCUGUCCAUACUUCCAGCAACACAGAAUCGCUUUCAGUGUGCUGCGUAUGUUGGGUGGUCUACAAACAGACACCGCAAAGAAUCCCUCGGCGACUUACUCCAUCGAGAUAUGCAACGAGACACUCUUGAUGAGUUCAAGGCAGGACGCAAGAACCUGAUUGUCACGACCGAUGUUCUCGAAGAAGGGAUAGACAUGAGUUCCUGCAGCUUCGUCAUUUGUUUUGACAAGCCCGGCAACGUGAAGUCUGCCGUAUUGACGGCCAACGAAGCAAUCCAGCAUUUGCACCAUUUCUGCUCCGUCUUGCCAGUCGAUGAGUACGUCGAUAAUCGUCCGUUAUUCUCAUUUGAAGAGAAUAUUUCAGGUCUGAAGCGAGCCACGGUCACUCUCCCAAGCUCUGUUCACCCCGCCGUGAGGCGAACCCAGGGAAGGAAGUGGUGGCUUACAGAGCGCGCAGCCCGAAAAGAGACUGCAUUCCACGCUUAUCGAGCUCUGUAUGAGUAUGGAUUGGUCAACGACAACCUUCUGCCACUGACCAGAAAGGCAGAGCUCAGAUUCAGCGAUAAAGAGACUCUGCCCUCUAUGGUGGAUGCUUUGGAACAAUAUGACCCGCUCGUCGACAUUGCACACGGGUGGACUUCAGGUAAGCUUUACGAGACACGCCUGCGCGUGGAUCGUGAUGGCUCCGUAGAUCCAAAUCUAGCAAUCUCCAUGAUUUUGCCGAUCCUGAUGCCGAUGCCAAGUCCCAUUACUCUUUACUUGGAGGUUGAGACUACUUUAUUCCUAUCGUUUGAUCAACCGGUGCCAGUGGUCGAUGCCUCAGCACAAACGCUGAAUGAAAUGAGAAAGACAACCGCGCUCUACCUUCAAGCGCCUAGCUCGCGGGAGCGGGGACCAGAGCGAGACUUCCUCGUCCUCUUCGCUCCUAGCGUCCCAUGCCAACAAUUGCAGGAAUGGCUGAAUUGCCAUGAUGGAAGAGAAUCAUCCUUGGACCUGUAUCACCAAGGCAAUGUACCUUCAGGCAUCAUUCGCGAUCACGGAAAAUUCACCGAGCCACGCACAUUUGUCAGAUGGAUUGUCCCCAGCCAGAUCACCAAAUCAACCCCGGUCGAGGUGGAAUGUCGGCCACUUCCCAGGCGUCGUAAUUUACUCCAGAUGCGCGCCGUCAAUAUGGAUGAUGGAGAUGCAGAUUCAGUGAAGAAGCUGUACACCAUGCCUGCAGCCGCUGUUACCGUUGACAAGCUACCUCUCAGGCAGGCAAUCUUCGGCCUUUUCAUAUCUGCCAUCCUCGACCGUCUCCAGGCCUCAUUAGUAGCCCAUCGACUGAAUGACACCAUUCUUAAGGGUGUAGGAAUCAGAGACAUCAGCCAUGUCAUCACGGCAAUCAGCACGCCCAUCGCACAGGCCACCACCAAUUACCAGCGUUACGAAUUCUUCGGUGAUUCAGUGCUCAAGUUCACAGUUAGCUGCCAGCUCUUUUUCCGAAACACCAACUGGCACGAAGGGUAUCUCUCCGAGAGCCGAGACAAGCUCAUCCAAAACAGCCGCCUCGCCCGUGCAGCCCUAGACACCGGAAUCGACAUGUUCAUCCUAACAGACCGAUUCACACCACGCAGAUGGACCGCCCCAUUAAUCUCAGCCAAAAAAGCCCAACCAACAACCAAACGGCGCAUGUCAACAAAAGUCCUAGCAGACGUAAUCGAAUCCCUAAUCGGCGCAGCAUACAUGGACGGCGGAAUCCACAAAGCCCAAGCCUGCCUCCACAGAUUCCUCCCAGAAAUAACCCUCUUCACAAGCGAAAUCUCCCCAGCAAUCGUGCCCGCCGGCAAAGGCGUCAGCAACCUCAUAGACGAACACCGCCUCGCAAAGCUAAUCGGCUACACAUUCAACGACCCAAAGCUCCUAACGGAAGCCCUCACCCACCCAUCCUGCGAAUACGACCUCUCAACCCAAUCCUACCAACGGCUAGAAUUCCUCGGCGACGCCGUACUCGACAUGGUCGUCAUGGCAGUCUUCCCAAACCACCCGGUAAAAAUGGACCAAGGCGCCAUGACCAUCCUCAAACACUCCGUAGUCAAUGCGAAUCUGCUCGCAUUCCUGUGUAUGGAUUUGGCUGUAUACGAGGACUCUCCCAGCGAGCCCCAGUUCGCAACAGAUGGGAGGUUCAGCCAUGCGCCCCGGUCCGACCAGAUCCAUCUCUGGCUCUUCCUCCGUUCUCACGGUCCGAAUAUCACAGAUGCGCGCGAGGCUUGUGUGCAGCGGUAUCAUGCGCUCCGGGAUCAGAUCCAUCAUGCGCUGAACCAUGAGGCCGAGUACCCGUGGGAAUUAUUCGCGCGUCUAGCGGCCGACAAGUUCUUCUCUGAUAUCAUUGAGAGUGUACUCGGUGCUAUGUUUGUUGACUCAGGUGGGAACCUAGACGUUUGCAAUUCAUUCAUCGAACGACUCGGGUUGUUAUCCUAUGUGCGGCGAGUUAUCGCCGAUGGAGUCAAUGUCGUGCAUCCGCGGAACAUUGCGCAGUCUAUGGUGAAGGGUGCGGGCACAUUGGUGUUCAAGAAGAAGAGGAUCGAGGUUAAGGGGCAGCCGGCUACGUAUCGGUGUUCGGCUAUUGUGAAUAAGACUGAGAUUGCGCUCGUGGAGGGUUAUGCUUCGGCUGAGGAAGCUGAGGUUAAGGUUGCUCUGGAUGUGAUUGAGCGUCUGAAGGUGAAUCCUUUGGUUGAAGCGUCAUGA